CCGGCCCGGGCGGCCGCGCAUGCGCCGCGGGGCGCGCGGGCCCUUUCUUCCGGCCGCCAUCUCGUUGUCGUCCGCGUGCUCCGCCCGGUCCAGCGCCCCGCCCGCGGCCCCGGCCUUUCCCCCGGCCUCUCCCCCGCUCCGGCCCCGCCGCCACAGCGCCGAGAAGAUGAAAGAAACGAUAAUGAACCAGGAGAAGCUCGCCAAGCUGCAGGCCCAAGUGCGCAUCGGGGGCAAGGGUACCGCCCGCAGAAAGAAGAAGGUUGUCCACAGAACAGCUACAGCAGAUGACAAGAAACUUCAGUUUUCUUUGAAGAAACUGGGAGUGAACAAUAUUUCUGGAAUUGAAGAGGUAAACAUGUUUACCAACCAAGGAACAGUCAUUCACUUCAAUAACCCCAAAGUUCAGGCGUCUCUGGCUGCUAACACUUUCACUAUCACCGGCCAUGCUGAGACAAAGCAGCUGACAGAAAUGCUUCCUAGCAUCUUAAACCAGCUCGGAGCUGACAGUCUGACCAGCCUGAGGAGAUUGGCAGAAGCCCUACCCAAGCAACCUGUGGAUGGAAAAGCACCACUUGCUACUGGUGAAGAUGAUGAUGAUGAAGUUCCAGAUCUGGUUGAAAACUUCGACGAAGCUUCAAAGAAUGAGGCAAACUGAACUAAGUGUCACUUUCUGAAUAAAGUUAAAACUUGAAAAAGCUAUAUGGAGCUGCUACUUUAUAUUGUGACUGCUUUUAUCUUAUUUUCUGAUGAGAUCUCAAGAUCUGUAAUAUUUGGAAACUCCUUGAACCUGCAGCUCUUUAGUUACUGCUUGUACACAAUAUUAUUUUUGUGGCCUAAUUGAACAAACCUGUGCUUUUAAAUAAGUCAGAUUGCUAAUGAAUUUCUGCCUAGACACAAUUUUUGAGUAACUUGUAUACAAGCAAAACUCUAUCUUUAAUGAACUUUGGCAUACAAUAAAAAUAUAAAAUAAA